GCCGGAAAGUCCCGCCCCCGGACCGUCUACGGCUGCGCGUGAGGGUCCCCGUGAGGCCGGCGAGUGCGCCGUUAGGAGUUCUGCGCCGUCCGAGCCGCAACCUGCAGGCGUGACGACCCUCCGGCGGCGCCAGGAGGUGGCGCCGUGUUCUCCCCACGGUGCUGGGCGGUGCGGCCCCUUUCUCCCGGUCGGUGCCGAAGAGGACCGGUUCUGGGCGGACGGAGAGAUGUUGCUUUGGCCGGCAGCUGUAAGCCCGCCGGAUGGCAGCCCCGUCCAUGAAGGAGAGGCAGGUCUGCUGGGGAGCCCGGGAUGAGUACUGGAAGUGUUUGGACAAGAACGAGGACGACGCUUCGCAGUGCAAGAAGCUAAGAAGCUCCUUUGAAUCCAGUUGCCCCCAGCAGUGGAUAAAAUAUUUUGAUAAAAGAAGAGAGUACUUAAAAUUUAAAGAAAAAUUUGAAGCAGGACAAUUCCAGCCUUCAGACUCAACUUCAAAGUCAUAAGCUGCACCUGGCCUUUUCAGAAAGGGUGAAGCUGUUCUUUCUGGACAUUCAAAAUCGCUCCAUCGGUUAUGGGACAAUAGUGGUUUGAAUCAUGGUGAACAUCAGUACUGACUGCUUCUGUGUACGUAACUUAAUGAUUAAAUUGAUCGAGCGACAGGAGAUCAACUAUGAAGAAUUGAAAUAAAAUGGUAUGAAAUAUGCUUAGUUUUAAUCUGGUAAGACGUAUUUUAAUAAAAAAAAAUUAAAGCCUAUUAUAAAGUACCUAUUUUUUUGGUUGGAGGAUGGGAAUAGGCAAAUAAAAGAUACUGAAAAAAGUAGGUUGUUAGUGCCCUGGGAGUUGCUGUUUUAAUACAGGCACACACACACAAAAUAAAGAUUAAAAGAAUAUAAAAUAAUAGAGACCAUCUACAAAAAACUUAGCUAAUGUCAGACUCAAUGAUGACAUGAUGAAUGUUUUUUCUUCCAAAAAUCACUAACAAGGUAAGGAUGUCCUCCCUCACUUCUCCUAUUCACCACCUUGUUGGUUUCCUAGCCACCUCACUAAGACAAGAGAGAAAUAAAAAGCAUGCAAAUUGGGAAGGAAAACCAAGUCUAUUCAUAGAUGAUAGUAUUAUCGCUAAAGAAAACCCCUCAAAAUCAACAGAAAAACUAAUAAAUGAAUCUUAGAAAAGUGCCAGGAAACAAGGUCGGAAUAUAGGAGAAAGUCAUAGUCAUGUGUACUAGCAAUGAGCCGUUGGAGUGUAAAAGAAAAAAAAUACAUCCUUUACAAUAACACUAAAAAUUUUUUUAAAAAGGAAUACUUCAGUUAUAGCUUACAUUAUGUUCGACACCUACAAAAACAAACCCUUGAAAUCAGAGAAGAUCUAAUUAAUUGGCAAUACAUACUGUGUUCGUGGAUUAGAUGACUCAGUACUGAAAAGAUACUGUUAAAUUCUCCCCAGUUUGUUUUACCAGUUCAACACAGUCCCAAUCAAAACAGGCAUCUUUUGUAGACAAGGACUAGUAACAAACUGAGUCUAGAAUUUAUAUGAAAGGGCAAAGGACCUAAGAGAGACACAUGGUUCUGAAGAGAACAGAGCUGGAGGAUUCAUCGUGUGGUCACCACAGUGACCCAGGCAGAAUGGUGGCGGCAGGAGGUCGGGCACCGCGUUCUGCAGACCGGAAUGGAGUCCAGGCACACACCCGCGCAGUCAGCUGAGUCUGCACGAGGGUAAAAGCAACUGAGUGGAGAAAGGGCCAUCUUUCCAACACACAGAGCUGGGAGAAUUGGAUGGCCACACACAACAAAAUGAACCCUGACAUUACCUCACCUUUUAAAAAAAAAAAUGGAUCAUAGAUUUAAAUGUAAAACUUUAAAACUUCUAGAAGAAAAUAUGGAAGAACUCUGUAAGAUUUCAGGUUUGAAAAUGAAUUUUGAGAUAACAUCAAAAGCAAAAUACAUGAAAGAAAAAAGCUGCAUUGGAUUUGAUCAAAAUUAAAAAGUUUUGCUCUAUGAAAGAUUCUAUUAGAAUAAAAAGAAAAUUUCAGACUGGGAGGAAAUAUUUGCAAAUCAUGUAACAAAAAGUUGUAUCCAUAAAUGAAGAACUCUUACAACUCUAAAAAACUAAAUCGCCCAAGUUUAAAAAAUGGGCGUAAUGUUGUAAUAACCAGUAUUAGGUAUUAGGUAAAGAUGCUUCAUGUUGUUAGUAGAGUAGGGGAAUUUAAAACCAUGAUGAUCCGUCACUGCACGCCUAUUAGAGUGAGUUACAAGUGGGCCAUAUGGAGUGCUGGUGGGGAUCCACGGCAGCAGCAGCUCAUUCAGCCCUACAGGGAGUGCAACACGGUGAGAUGCCUUUGGAAAACAGUCUGGAGUCCAUGAAGUUAAACAUGCGCUUGCCUCACGGCCCAGCGUCCCACUCCAGGUGUUUCACCAAAUGAACUGUAUGUGAGUGUUUCCAGCAGCAUCACCCCUAACUGGCCACAACUGGAAACAACCCAGAUGCCUGCAGCAGAGGAAUGGAUACGCUGUAGUGCGUCUGCACAGUACCAUGCAGCAAAGAGAAACGAACCGCUGAGUCGCCCAGCACCACAGGUGGACCUUGAAUAGAUUUUGCUGCUGGAAAGAAGCCAGACCCCAAAGGCUAUGUAAUCAAUACAUGCUUCCGUUUACGAUUCUGGAAAAGGCAAAACGGGUACAGAAGACAGAACAUAGACUGUUUCUAACCACCACUGAACUCUGGGCAAAGGUGGCACAUGAAUGUUUCGUUAACAAACUUCAUAGGAAUGAUUGUGACCUCGUUCCUGGCUUUAAAAGUAAAUGAAAACCUGUCA